UAUUAUUGUUGGCAUCAUUCAUUACUGGCUGAGAUGAGAUCCCUUGAUCCAUUUACACUUACAUACUACUCUCAUAAGAACAUCAGAGACGCUCUGCUAGCGCUAAAUUCUGCUCCCAGAGUGUCGCACUCAGUCGCGACUUCUUCUCGGGCACUCGCUGAUAACUUGGCGCCAUCAAUUCCGCGGCAGGAAGAGUAUCUAGAUACAGAGUUUUCGUCUACGCCUGCAUCUGUACUUUCAAAUAACGGAGAAGAUGAGAGGUACAGCAGUAAUUACAUUCACACUCAUCAGCAGAGCGAACAUGGGCGGGGUCGCAUAUCAUCAAUUGAAGCCUCCAACAAUUUUGGGCACUUCAAUAUCCAGGCUACAUCACAUCAAGGUCAUGUCGACGAUUAUAAUAUAGGAUCCCGAGGGCCUCAGUUACAGCGUGAUGGAGCAAUCCAGGAUGGCCGUGCACCUUCCUGGCGAUUCACGGGUUCAGAAUGGCCCACCCUGCAAGCAAGUAUGGAGUCUGCAACAAACCCUAAGCGAUCACAACAUCAAUCAACUUCGCCUCACGAUUCACCAACUGAUAGAGCCUCCAUCAACUCCAUUGUACCAAGUAUAAGUUUAAAUAACAUCAGUGUACAUGCAAAUGGUUUUGCCACCGCAGAGACUGCAAGUGAGCCUGAUAAUGAAGGGCUGGUCGUCAUGGACUCAGGAAAGUUGGAUGAGAUGACAUUCACUCUAGACAACGUUACUUUGAAUUCAAGCCUGACAGGCAGCUUUUCAGUGCAACACCCAGCUUCGCCUCCUGCGUCUCCCUUACUUGAUUCAGCAAAGGCCAGUGACAUCGCAGACUAUGAACUGUCACGUACAUUAGAUCGCUGGAAACCCAGUCACGGUGGAGGCAUGAUUAGUUUUGAGAAAGGAAGCAGCAUCUGUCAGAUAGAGCCUGAGGAUGAGGCAUUAGUUUAUGAAGACCCUAUUCAAUCUUACGACAAGCCAGAUGAUUCUCUCCAUGGAUACCACUCAAGGGAAUACUUUCAGCUAGCGGGUGAUAAUAUGCCUCUUAUUCAUUUUCGACUCGUAUUUUCAGCGUAUCAAAUACCAAGGGGGACUGAGUUUGCUGCCUUGGUUGGACCUAUACGUUCGCAAUUUGUUGUUGAUACUUAUAUGAUCCCUCAUGAAUCGAAAUCAGUCCAUGAAAAUCAGGACAUUGUCCUUGGAAUAUCUGGAUCCACGGGCCGUGUUUAUAAGGCUGCGUUAGAAUUCUUGAGAAAGAUCGUCCCACGAUCCGGAGGAUUCACUCUAUGGAAAUUGUGUAUCCUAGUUCCAUCUCAAAUGGUUAGUGCACUGUUCCCACCACUCGAAAACAUGGCGACCAAUCAUUCUGAUCAGCUUCAACAGGAGUCCUCAAUUCCGGAAUUGAAAUCUGCGAUGACUCGUAAUUUUGGUCCUGUUUUCCGUGCAUCGCAAGAGUGUCUAAUUACAAUGGAGUCGUGCUCAUUAGAUAAAACUAUAGGUAGUGCACUGAGAUAUGUCAUGCGGGCAUUGUCAGAGGUGGAUGUCUCUCAGGAUAUUUGUGAGGGCUAUUACCGAGGUGGCCGAGCUGGCCGACGGAGUAUUAUCCCCAAAAAUAUGGCGGUGACUUGGGAUCACAGAGGUACAGGCAGCAUAAUGGAUUCGAAAGUUCCAGUAGGCUAUGUCCUGAGGCCAGAGAUGCAAUCAUGUCUUAAAGCUAUGCACACCAAGCGUUAUCACCUUCAAUUAUUACUGACAAUGGAGCAAGUUAGGCUCAUGGCAGGAGAACAUGGAUCAAAUAUACGGCGGUAUUGUAGUUCGAAAGAUGUUACUUUAUCCAUAUCAGAUCCUCUGGUAAAAGAGCAAGACGAAAUCAGAGUGUGUGACAUCGGUGGAGAUCAGGCGGAGAUUUUUUCACUUGCAAUUGCUGUAGUAGUUAGUGUGUUGGCGAGAAUAGCUCAGAGCGACUGGUCGGCUAAGGUAUAUAUUCCACACCGUUCGAUCUCUAUUUUACAAAGACAAGUGAGUCGCGGAUUUCAUCAAAAAAUACAUGCUGUGGAAAAUUUGGUUAGAGAUAAGGAAAUCAAACUUGAGCCUGCAGAAAGGGAAUCUAUCCUUGAGAUUAUUUGCGAUUCCGACGAAAAUGAUGAUAACAUGAUGAAAAGUCUCCGUCAAGCUUUGGUAUCCGUCGUGGAUGCGAUCUAUGGGUAAACUUUAGCAUGUGGGAUUGGAGAUCGAAUGAAGCCCUUGAGAUAGUAAAAAAAAGACAGAACUAUUUUAAAUACGCG